AUGGCGAGAAUGCCUGGCAGCGCAGACUGCUCUAGUGACACAGCGGGGACAGAGCGGGAGGAGCACAUGAGUUGCCCGGAGACUGAGAGGAGCGGAGAUGAGGAGGAUGAUGAGAUCCAGGAGGUACAGAUCACCGGGGAGGAGUACGGGGAGGAUGAACUGGAGUGGGAGGCAGAGUGCGCAGACCCCAGCAGCUGCACCGUUAUGGAGACAGAAGCGGUCCUUAUGCGUAGUACGGACCAGUGCAGCGGGUUGGGACCGGGAGCGGACCCUGGACUGUUUCACAUCCCCGAACUGGACUCGGAUCCUGAGGGAGACCUGCAGCCGUCCGACCGCUCCAGACUGAGCGAAAACACCCGCCUGGCUACCAGGUAUGCGGUACGGAUCUUCCGGGAGUACCUGAGCGAGAAAUCCCAAAGUCCUGACUUUGAAACUCUGGACAAGGAGGCGCUGUGCGCGGUCCUGCAGUCCUUCUACGCGGAGGCACGCUCUAAGAGCGGCCAGCUCUACAGCAAGUCUUCCCUCAUUAGCAUUCGGAGUUCUCUGAACCGCUACCUGAAUGAGCCACCGUACUGUCGCACCCUGGAUCUCACUAAAGACCCGGAGCUACGCAGCGCCAACCUGACCCUGGCCGCGGUCAUCAGAAAGCUGGAGGAGCAGGGUGCUGGUCCCGUGGUGCAAAAACAGGCAAUCACGCGGGCGGACCUGAGAAAACUCUACACCUCCAGUGUGUUUAACAUCGAUACGCCGUUCGGGCUGCUCAACAAAGUGUGGUUCGAGACAUGCAUGUAUUUCUGUACGAGGGGGCGAGAGAAUCAGCGCGAGCUGGAGGAGGAUUCAUUCGGCCUGGCCAUAGACGAGAAUGGGAGAAAGUUUAUCUAUUUCAAAGCACUGGGGCCGUAUCACAAGUCUCGCUCCGCGUGUUGGAAUAAAAAGAGACCAGACCCGGAUGAAGAUACUUUGCCGCGCAUGUAUGAGACUGGAACUGAGUUUUGUCCAUAUGCCAGCUUUGUUAGGUAUGUCUCCAAACGGAACCCAGUGUGCAAAGCAUUCUUCCAACGACCACGAGACCACUGCUGCGCAAGCGACAUAACAUGGUAUGAGAACAAAGCCAUUGGUAAAAACCUGCUUGGCACGAGGAUGCAGAUGCUGUCGCGUGCUGCCAAACUGUCAAAGACCUACACCAACCACUGCAUCGGCGCCGUUUCCAUAGCAACGCUCAACAGCAUUGCCGGUAUAGGAUCAAAGUUGGUGUCGCUUCAGAUUGCCUCGGAAACAGUUAAUGGUGGCGUGCAGUCUCAUCUCCAGCUCGUGAUCCCGUACACCCAACAGGUCACAGACACAGUGGAACUGAAGCCGCAGAGAACAACAAGGAAAGCUCGUGCUCUCUGCGAUUUUUCGGGACCUCCUUCUCCUAAGAAGCUCUGUGUGCGUCCCGGAGAACGCGCAAUGUCCCCUGUGGUCAUAGUGGACGGUACAGAGCCCGUGGACAACCGACCCCAGGAGCCCCACGGUCAGCAAUCCGCUCCUUUACUGACUGACGUGGUAUCCGUGCAGGAUAGCCGUAAUAGCAGCAUGGCCAGUAGGCCGCUGGUCUCCCAGUCCCCUGCCUCUCCACUGGGCUCUGGGGGUAUCGGGGGCAUCCCCACCCCCGCCCAGCUCACAAAGACCAACGCCCCUGUACACAUAGAUGUAGGAGGACACAUGUACACCAGCAGCCUGGCUACACUCACCAAGUACCCCGAGUCACGGAUUGGUCGUCUAUUCAACGGGACAGAGCCCAUAGUGUUAGAUAGUCUGAAGCAGCACUACUUCAUAGACCGAGACGGCCAUAUAUUCCGCUACAUCCUCAACUUCCUGCGGACGGCCAAACUGCUCCUCCCUGACGACUUCAAAGAGUACUUUCUACUCUACGAGGAGGCCAGGUUCUUCAAGCUAUCCCCACUACAAGCAGAAUUAGAACGCUGGAGGAGUGAGCGUGAGGCCAGGAGUGUGUGGCGUGUGUGUGAGUGUGUGGUGGUGCGUGUAGCUCCAGAGCUGGGGGAGAGGAUCACUCUGAGUGGAGACAGGGCUUUGAUCGAGGAUGUGUUUCCAGAGGUUGGGGACGUCAUGUGCAACUCCAUGAACGCAGGCUGGAAUCAUGACUCUACUCACGUCAUACGCUUUCCACUCAAUGGAUACUGUCACCUCAACUCUGUACAGGUAUUGGAGAGGUUGCAGCAGAGAGGGUUCGAGAUAGCAGGGGCAUGUGGUGGAGGAAUAGACUCCUCCCAUUUCAGCGAGUACGUCCUACGCAGGGAGGGGAAGAGCAACAGACAGUGUGGCCCCACCCUCAUCUGCAUCAAACAGGAAGCACUGGACUAAGCCCUGCCCGGGUCAGGGGUAACAGUGGAUGAUUGGUCAGGAGGGGAGCUGAAAGCCAUGCCUCCAUCUCCAAGGGAACACCAAGAGAGUCUGACCUGAAGUUUGUUUUAAAUUUGUAGGGUCGUCGCUAGUUACGACAGCCACAAAUUCAUAAACCCCGCCUAAUUCUACAAUUUCUCUUAAAUUAUGUGAUUUUAAACAUAACCCUAACCUUAACCACACUGAUAACCAUAAGCCUAAUUCUAAGUUUAGGUUAAGACAAAAAAGCAUGUUUUUGUUUUCAUUCAUUUUUACUAUAUAGACAAUUCUUACUUUGUGGCUGUGGUAACUAGUGUACACCUAUUUUUUUUGUUUUUUUACAUAGUCGGUGCUAUGUCGGUGAUGGUGAUCUUACCUACACCAAUAGGAGCGCAGUAUAACUAUGACCUCUCCGCCAUGAACCAUGGAAGUCACUAACCUGGCGGUACGCAGCUAGACACUAGCUAGGUUUCCAUUAACUUGUACAGUCAUUUUUUGUUGACAUUUAGAAAGAUUGCAUAGGAAGUAGAUGCAACAAUUGCCCGUCCCGGUGCAUUUACAUUGAACUGUCUUGUGUUGAUAAAAACAGCUAGAUGUAAUGAGGUUGUUGAAGGGUUUUAAAUGAUCAAUUUUGGCAAAUUGUGCAUUAAUAAAGUGUCCACGUAUCUGUUUCAUGUCUCAGGUAGCUCGCAAAAGCCAGAAUGGAUAGAUUGCAAGAAUUUACUAAUAUUUGCCAUAUUUUUAUCAUUCUCAUGUGCCUACUUAUUGCUGUGGUCUGUGUCAGGGUGUAACUUGCACUAGUUAAGAUUUGAAACCAUUUCAUGGUGAAACUUCAAGUUCCAAUGUAAAGCAAUUCAGGCAUUGUUGAAAGUCAAAACAAUACUCUACUUGCAAAGAAACAAUAUUUUUUGUUGCUGGAAAAAUUCAUGUAGCAAGCAGUAGGCAUUUAGAAAUAAAUGUGGAGUGGAGCUUUAUAGUUACGCGAUAACGUCACACGCCCAGCGUACCUUUCUGAUUUUCUUUGCAAUCUUAAUUUUAUUCCAUCAUCAUUUGUCACAAUAAAUCCACCCCUCGAAUGGAAUAAAUGUAUUAGAUCUUUCGGGGGAAAAAAGGUAUCCUACAACUGCCGUUUCCAUUACAGAUGUCGCAAUCCUUUGUUGAAUAAACCUGGAUCAAUGGAAACUUGCCUAGUGACUGACACCUCUCUCCCUUCGAGCAGGGACCUAGAGCACACAGAGAGCAGCAACAUCAGCACUGUCAUAGGACUACUCGUGUUUUCAUGUAGGAUUAUUGUUUCAUAGUGUCAUAAUAAUUCAUUGGAAUUAGAAUUCAUUCAGAUUCUUACAAUAAUGUAAAUAGUCAUAGAAAUGGGAUGCGAUCAUGACUGAAACUCAACAAUUGAGAAACGGCACUGAUGCAUAUGGAAGAUGUGCAGUUGACUGUUAAAAAGCACAAGUGCAAACAAGCACAGCCAUCAUUGUCUGGGAAAUCUAACCCAGCCUAAACUAAAUAGAUAAAAGGUCAUAUGUGGUUCUGUGAAGCUACAGUUAUUAUUACGAGGCACUUAUGGACGUUUUUCUUCUAGAAAAUGUUGUAAACCAAAAAUAUGGUUUUCCCAGUUUUAAGUAUUUAACUUGUCAUGAAAAUAGAAUUGUGAAGAGGUUCUUCAUGAGACUUCAACAUUUUAUAUUCAUCACAUUGAUAAAAGAUAUGUGUCUUGUCAGAGAUUCAAUUGAUGCAUGUUUUAUUAUGAUCAUUACAGAGCAGCAGAGAGGAUUUGAGGUCUGUAUCAAAACCGUCUCCCUUUGUUUCACUAGAGGAAAACCUGUGUGGAUGAAUGUACCACAA